CCCGCCCCGUGUCCGCCGCGCGUCCCGUUGCCCGGGAGACGCGGCGCUUCCGCCUGGGCGUGGUCACCAGGGGACCGGGCGGCUGGAACUGAGGCCGCGUCUCUGCAAGCGGUUCGCGCAGCUGUUUCACUCCGCUGUUGAAUGACAACCCCGGGCGUCCACGGCGAGAGCCGCAGCGAUCCGGCAGGGGCCAGCGCAGGUGGGCGGCUAGGCAGCGCCUGAGGUGAGCAGAGCGGCUGCGGCCAUGGAGAAGUACGAGAAGCUCGCCAAGAUCGGGGAAGGCUCUUACGGGGUCGUGUUCAAGUGCAGAAACAAGACCUCAGGCCAGGUGGUCGCUAUUAAGAAGUUCGUGGAAUCUGAGGACGACCCGGUGGUGAAGAAAAUAGCGCUCCGGGAGAUCCGCCUGCUGAAGCAACUGAAACACCCCAACCUGGUGAACCUCAUCGAAGUGUUCCGGAGGAAACGGAAAAUGCACUUGGUGUUCGAGUACUGUGACCACACGCUUCUGAACGAGCUGGAGAGAAACCCUGACGGGGUCCCGGACGGCGUGACGCGCAGCGUGCUCUGGCAGACCCUCCAGGCCCUCCACUUCUGCCACAGACACAACUGCAUCCACAGAGACGUGAAGCCAGAGAACAUCCUCAUAACCAAACAGGGCAUCAUCAAGAUCUGCGACUUCGGCUUCGCGCGGAUCUUGACCCCAGGAGACACCUACACCGAGUACGUGGCCACGCGCUGGUACCGGGCGCCCGAGCUGCUGGUGGGGGACGCGCAGUACGGCUCCUCCGUGGACGUGUGGGCCGCGGGCUGCGUGUGCGCCGAGCUGCUCACGGGCCAGCCGCUCUGGCCGGGCAAGUCCGACGUGGACCAGCUCUACAUGAUCAUCAGGACGCUGGGGAAACUGAUCCCGAGGCACCAGGCCAUCUUCAGGAGUAACCAGUUUUUCCACGGCGUCAGCAUCCCGGAGCCGGAAGACAUGGAGACCCUCGAGGAAAAGUUCUCGGAUGCUCAUCCCACAGCUCUGAACUUCAUGAAGGCCUGCCUGCGGAUGAACCCUGACGACAGGCUGACCUGCGCCCAGCUCCUGGAGAGCCCCUACUUCGACCCCUUCCGCGGGGACCCCCUGAAGAGGAAAGCACGCCACGAGGGCCGGAGCAGACGGCGCCCCCAGAACCAGCUGCUGCCCCUCAUCCCGGGAAGCCGCCUGUCGCCCGCCCCCGACGGGAGGAAGCAAGUCCUGCAGUUAAAGUUCGACCACCUGCCAAACAUUUAGGGGGCGGGCGCGUGCCCCUGCUGGGGUGCUGGACACCCCCCGGCACCCGCCCCGGGCUGGCCCCUCGCCCCGCCCCCCGACCAGCUCGGCUCCCGUAACUGUCAUAAAGUCUGACCUGCUCUCCCUGUGGUCCCCGGCCACGCCGGGCUCUCCUGCCGUGGUGCGUGCCGGGGGGCGGGGGGUGGGGGGUGGGGGGCGCCGCGCUCAGUGGACCUAGGGGGUCCCUGUCCUGGGCUGCAGUGGUCCUGGCCGGAUGGGCUUCCCAGGCUGACCCCGUUCGCUCCCACGCUCGGGGGCGGGGCGGGGGCGGAGGGGGUCCCUGCAGUGAGGCCGGGCUGGGGUCUGGGCGUUUCUGCCCCAGUGGGGGGCCCCUCAGCACGGGCGUGGGGAGCCAGGCCUGCUCCGCUUCCUCCAGGACGGCGUCAGUUUAGCCGCCAGCUCAGAGCAGAGGGCCAGUGAGGGCCGGGCGAGGGGUCGGGCCACUGGGGCUGACAGGGGGCUCUGCUCUCCUCCCCGUGGCCUCCCUGCGCCCCCCGAGGCAUCCUGGCGGGGUCUGCACCACUCCUGGGCAGCCGCUUAGCCCGGCUGCGUUAUUGUCCCAAGCCUAAGACAGAAAGAGAAAAAAAAAAUUUUUUUUAGACACCUCAGACAUGGGUUAUGUUCCUGAGUGAUUUUCCUGAGUCACCUUGACAGGAGGCAGGUGGGGGAAGCACGCAGCCAGGGCGGCCUGAUGGGGCGUCACCGUGACGCUCCUGCCUGCGGGGGACGUCCGAGCGCCUUCGAGGGCCAACAGGGACUCUUGUAAAGCGGUGGCCGAGCCCGUGCACGGCGCCCUCCCGCCGACACAGAUUAAAGUCGCUUCACAAACGCUUUGCUGACCUGGGUUUGGCCUGGCUCACGUGAGUGUUGUCAGAGUUCACAAGUACGAAGGUUCCAGAAAUUCCCACUGUCUGGCCCCAGGCACCAGAUUGUCGUCAAGGAAACAGUGACACCUGGUCUGUGCUCCGGAGGACAGGCCUUUGCCCCUCUCACCUGACCCGUGCACAGAACCUCGCCGGGGGCUGGAGUGAUAGCACAGCGAGGAGGGCAUUUACCUUGCACGCAGCCGACCCGGGUUCGAAUCCCAGCAUCCCAUAGGGUCCCCUGAGCACCACCAGGGGUGAUUCCUGAGUGCAGAGCCAGGAGUGACCCCUGUGCAUCGCCGGGUGUGACCCAAAAAGCAAAAAAAAACAAAACAAAAAACAAACAAAAAAGAACCUCGCCGGUUCCCAGGGCCGUCCCUGUCCUCACUGAAGAGCCUCGGGGAGGCUGUGUGGGCCCGUGGGCCCGGUGCAGGUGGAGUCUUCCUGCCCCCAGCCGCGUCCCGAGCACGGCCCUCUUCCGGUUCCCGUGUCUUGCACUUUUCUUUAUGUACUUUGCCAGGCUGGCGGGGGCUCAGGCCCACCCGGGCGGGGCUCGGGGGCGUGUGUGGCACCGGGGACUGGAACCCGGUCGGCCGCGUGCAAGGCAAGCGCCCUCCCCUCUGAACGAGCACUGCAGCCCCUUUCCCUGCAGUUCUUAGAGGCGAUGCCCCGGGUGCACAGAAAGUGAGCACUGCAGGGCAGAAGGCAGCCCUGCCGAGAGCUCCCCGAGAGGGCUCCUGCGUUUGAGCCGCCUCUCGGCUGCUGUCCCUGCUGGCCCGUGCGGACACUGGGAGGCCACGCCGGGCCCCAGCGGGCCUGCAGAGCGGUGCGGGGGGCAAGGGGGCAGAGGGGGAGUCUGGGCCCAGCCCCACACCGGGAUCCCCCUACAGGCAGGGCCCCAGCACACGCAGGUGUGGCCCCGCAAAGCAGGAUGGGUUCCAGAGGGCGCUUCUCCCCCCACCCCGCCGGGAGUGGACAGAGUUGCUCCGCAGGGUCUGUCUGUCCCCCCGAGCCCGCCUGCCCGCCCUGCACAGGCUCAGCCGGCCGUGGCUUGUCCCCCGGUGUCCAGCUACGGCGUCGCCCUCCCUCGCGCUGGCGUCCCCGGCCCCUCUGACGCGGACCCUCGCUCUGCUCCCCAUCUCUGUCGAGCCUUCCCCGCCCAGUGCCUGCCCUGAGACCUGAGGUCCUGGGUUCAACCCCCGGGCACCCACCACCACGACCCCCGCCAGCCAAGAGCAGACUCUGGGCUCCUGCGUGUCCACCAUGAAGGCAUUUUGUCCCCCCCCCAGCUGCUUGGGCUCCAGUUGGCGACAUCAGGGUGUGACGCUGCCGGCUGAGCCCCCUCAGCCCAGGGCCCUCUCCAGGCUGGCCGGGAGGAUGGUUUUUACAGGGCGGGAGCACUGCGGAGGAACGUGCCAGAAGCCUCAGUGUGGGGUGCUCUGGGCGGGGGGCAGUGUGCUGGGGGGAGCCGGGCAGGAGAAGGGCCCCUGGGCAGUGGGGUCAGUGGGUCAGUCGCCAGGGUCCAUGGGGUCACCUGCUCUCAUGGCUCUUGUGUUACGAGACAAUGUUGCUUUGGAGAAUUUGCCACGGACGACAUUCAAGGUGUGUGAGGUUCCUUUGAAUAGUCCAGGCUGACUUGCCGCGAACCGUCUUCAGGAAAGAUGGCGCUUGCUUAGCCACUGGUCAGCCCCAGGGAGUCCCUGUCCUGGUUUCAGAACAACUGGAGGGACACAACAGUCACUCAAGAAAAAUAAUUGUACCUGGAGACUGGAGAGAUAGUACAGUAGGCAAAGGGCUUACCUUGCACGUGGCCAACCUGGGUUUGAUCCCCGCAUCCCAUAUGAACCCCUGAGCACGCCAGGAGUGAUCCCUGAGUGCAGAGUCAGCGGGGGGGGGGGGGCGGUCCUUGAGCAUCGCCAGGUGUGGCCCAAAAACAUUAAAAAGGAAGAGAAAAAAAAACUAUUUUUGAUUAAAACUCACUAUGACAUGGAGGCUGAGUGCAGGCUUUGUAUGUGGGAGGUGGUCAGACCUGGCCCUCCUGGGCCCCUGACCACCACAGGGAGGGACCUCCGAGCACCCCUGGCUGGGAACGGGCCACGGCACAGCAGGCGGACCCAGGUUCACUCCUGGCACCCUCUGUGGUGCCCCGAGCCUGCCAGGAGUGACCCCUGAGUCGUCAAAACCCAAAAUACGGGAAUAAAAUCAAAAGCCAAACCUUUACUGCCAGUAAAGGUACUGGAACUCUGAAGACACCACAGGGUCAGCACGGGCCAGCGGACUCUCACACACUGGUCUGUGAAGCUUAUUCUGGAGGCAGAAAGAUAAAAUGCCGCAAGGUUUCGAGUGUGAGUGUGUCAUUAACUCAACAACUUCAUUCUUGGUUUAAUCAAAGAAUGCAAAUCUUUAGAGUGGCAGUUUAGGGGCAAAACAGAAAUAUCCUUUGGGUGGGACUGGAGCGGUAGUCUGUAGCAGGGAUGGUGCUUGCCUUGCACACAGCCAACCCGGGUAAGAUUAAGUAAGAUUCCCGGCACCCCAGGUGGUCCCCCGAGCCAGCCAGGAGUGACCCCUGAGCACUGCCGGCUGUGGCCCAAAAAAAAAAAAAAAAAAAAAAAAAAAAAGCCAGCCAGUAAGGCCCAGAACACUAGCACAUCCCUAACUUCAGGAAAAUGCUUAGUAGGUUCAGUAAAUAACCCAAAGGAAUUCUGAGGUAGUGAACACAUUGACGACCCCCUGUUUAAUCCAGCAAGGAGCACUCCCCCGUGAGCCUUAGACUUAAACUCUUAACUUACCCCACGUGAGAACCCUCCAUCCUGCCUGGCAGAGAUAAGGAAAAGACGAUGUAAUAAAGUCAGAACUCGUCACUGUGUAUCUCUAAACUGUCAUGUUGAAGAUAUUCUGUGUCUAGUUAUGAUUUUAGCGCCGGUGUGCAGAAGCAAAGCUUAUUGCAAGUCUCACCCAACUAGCUGCUGACGCAUCCGCCCGCGGGUGUAGUGGCGGGCGUUAUUAGCAGAAAGACAUCACUGAAACCUUGUGUUAUGUCAUAGUAUUUUUUCCCAAGAUACUUAGCCUAACUGUGGGAUUACUCUGCUGACCUGCUGUGUGUACAUGUCACUUAACCGGAACGUGUUCUUUGACAUAUUUGAAUAAAACGUAGA